CAAUUUACUGUGAAUUUCUUGGAAGCAAUACAUUACUAUUUUCUGUCUUGUAAAUCAAUGAAAUUUUAGUGACGACUAAAACAUGUGGGUACACAAAAAAUAUAAAUAAUAGUAUUUCAUAAAAUAACACAUCAAUUACAGAACAUUAAUUCUGUGGGAUACACUUUUCGAUUUUCCAUAAUACAGUUGGUGUCACUGAUUAAAUAAGAAUAAAUUUGAAAGGGAAUAACGACAAAAGUAUUUAUUUUGAAUAGUUCAUUCUGAAAGUGCUUAAUAAUGUCGGAAAUAAGUGAGACAUUUUCUCAAGAUCCUGUUUUGGUAAUGAACUUGAAAGGACACACAAAGGCGAUCACUGAUAUAUCAUUUAACCCGCAUACCAAUCAGUUUGCUAGUAGUAGUGAAGAUCAUACGUUAAUGAUAUGGAAUACAGGAAAUAACGUACGAAGUUAUAAUUUCUGUGGUCAUGUCGAUAUAAUAACAGGUGUAGAAUUUUCCUCUGAUGGCAAAUUAGUAGCCACUUGUUCGAAAGAUCAAACAGUUCGUUUUUGGGUUCCUGCAGUUAAAGGAGAAACAACAGUAUUCAAAGCACAUACUUCCAGUGUGAAUUGUUUAAAUUUUUCCUCCGAUGAUACAAAACUUCUUACAGGAUCUAACGAUAAAAGUGUUAAAAUUUGGGAUGUAUCACAGAGAUUAUUUUUAUCAAGUUUAGUCGGCCAUACUAAUUGGGUGAAUAGUGUAAAAUAUUCCCCAAAUGGAAACUUCAUAGCUUCAAGUGCAGACGAUCAUACACUCAGAAUAUGGGACUGUCAUACUGGAAAAUGUGAACAAAAGUUUGCUUCUGCUAGUAGUAAUCCUACUCGGCUCGCAAUCCAUGCUAAUAAUAAUACAAUUGCAGCUGCAAUGGAUUCUGGUUCGGUUAGAGUGUACGAUGUAAGAAAUAAUAAAUUGCAGCAACAUUAUACUUUACACAAAGGAGCUACAAAAUGUGUAUCGUGGCAUCCCACAGUAAAUUUCUUACUUACUUGUGGAGAAGAUGGUAAAGUUACAAUUGUAGAUGUCAUGGAAGGAAGGCCCUUGUAUACUCUCACUGGACACACAGGUAAUGUUAAUACUUGCAAAUUUAAUACAAAUGGAACAUUGUUUGCAACUGGAGGAACAGAUCAACUUAUUAUGGUUUGGAAGAUUAAUUUAUAAUAAUUAUCUCUUUAUUAAUAUUAUUGACCACUGAAUAUUUUUUAGUAAUUAUCAUGAUAUAAUCACAAUAUAUUUUUUAACACAUCAGAUGCUUAUCAAAGUGAUGUAGACUAUAAUCUUUUUUGUUGUAAUGCUUUCGUCACUAUUUCUCAAAUUUGUAUAUUGAAUAAAGCCUUAUAUACUCUUCAGUAUGGGUAUAGUGAUGAAUUAAAAAUUUUAAAUGAUUUCUCAAAAUCACAUUUGCCUAUGUUUUUUUAAGCUCGUACAAUGUUUAUUUCUCUAUGAAGGGUGUAGAGGUAAAUUUUUAUUUAUUUCUAAUAGAAUUUGCUCUAUAAAUAAGUAUUGUAUUGGUCGCUUUUAACAUCCAUAAGUUUAUUCUAUUUCUACAGGGUCUCCAGAAAGUUUACUGUUGAACACAAAUAACAAAUGUGUUUUUAUGUUUGUCUAAUGUAAUUUACCUUUAUCUAAAAGUUUCUUCUAUAACAGUUAGAUAUUUUUGAAAAUGACUAGAUUUUUGGAAAACCUGUUACCUACACAUUUUGUACAUUUUAUAAUCUUGCAGUGAUAGAUGUUUGUGAAAGAAAGAUUUGUUGAACAAUUUUUAGAUAUGAUAAGGGAAAUUUUGUUUGAGUUGGCCCUCAUAUAGGAGGGUUUGUGAAGGUUGUGUGGGGUUGUGUUUGCUAUCCUGGCUGGGAAGGAGAAAAAGCUAACGACCAUUGGCUAUAAGAAAACGAAAAGAUAUAUAUUUUUUUGUAUUAUUUUCGAAGUUUUCUAAAUUUUUUGGUACUUCUCUAAAAAUUCGAGUACUGUUUUUCAGGAAAAUCCACUUCAAUUUUUUAUAUUAAUCAUUAUUUAGCAGCCUGUCUGGUCCACUGUCUCUCUUAACCUAGACCGUUUUGUUUGGUCUUGCACAUAUUUGACCCAGUUGGAAGAUAUACAUUUCAAAUCGGCCGUCCAUCGAUUCAGGAGUCAUCGCUUGUUUCUGUAUAAUUCAUCCCUGGGACGCCAUUCUAGUAUUCGCUAUGUCCCCAUAUUAUUUGAUAAUCUUACAACAUGUCCAGCCAGUUCAAUUUUAAAUGUGUGGUUAUUUCAAUUGCAUCAUUAACUUUUGUUCUUUUAAGUAGUUCUUCAUUUCGGAUUUUUUCUCUUAAUGUCACUUCUAACAUGGAUCUCUCCAUGACUCGUUUUUUAAUAUCCAGAAAUCAAAUAAUUAAUUGAUUAUCAAACUUUUGAUUCUGAGAUACAGACUGAUUUGAACAAUGAACAUCUGUUAUCUGUUGGGUUAGAGGAAUAAUUUCUGGACACCCUUCAUGUAUACCUAUAUUUUUAAUCUGUUUUUAUGUAAUUUAGGAACCCAUUUUAUAGUUUUUUAGUUAUUUAAAGUAAAAGUUGGUUCUAGCAAGAAUAUAUGUGUUUUAUUUAAGAAAAUAAAAUUUUAUA